AGAAUUGUAAAUUGGUAGACAAGCAAUAAGCAAUGGAAAUGAAGCGAAGGAAAUUACAGGAGAAAGAUCGAAAAGUAGAUAAGUGUUAAUAUAUACCGUUCGAUUGUACGUUGCCUAUUACCAGUCGAUUAUCCAAGACCACCGUGAAGGCAUCUCGCGCAAUUUAUUAUCCGCCUGUAAUUUAUUUUGAGUUAAAUUCGAGAAACCGACGUUAAAGCUGGCUCGGUAACCUGUGGUUUAAAGGGGAGUUAAAUCGGCAGGUUGCCUCGAAGAGCAAUUUCUCACCCCUUCGUCCGAAGGCGGCGCUGUUGACUGCUCCCGUUCCGAUUAUCCUCCGUUCUGUUCGGUAGAGAAAAAGGUGGCAUUCUUCUCCUCAGUGUGGCUGGCGCUGUGCGGGAAUAAACGUCGUGGAAAGUCCACUGUUUUGAGGUGCCGAGCCAAGUUGUAGGACGAGUGCUGCGGGACAGAAACGUGUCGGUGUGCAAGAAUAUUCUUACGUUAUUCUCUACAUCCGGUUAAAUCUGGGAAAAGUGGGCCUCCGGGAAAGAAGAAACCAUUUUCAAAAUUUAUAAGAGUAUAUCAAAGCUGGAAAAGUCCCCAAGGACAAGUUACAAAAUAGGAACGUCUGCAUGACGAAGUAACCGGACCCGAUAUGGACAUGUGGAAGACCGAUUGGAAUCUUCGACUGACUGUUUGCCUUUCGUGCAUCGUUUUACCCGUGACGGCCAUUGGGACUUGGAUGAAUUUAGGAAUCCAGGGAAUAGAUAUAUUGAGGAAUCCCCAAGCGUACAUGUUGGGUGCUCAACCACUCUGUACUCAGCUGAAAGGUCUAUCUCGUGGCCAGACGAAGCUCUGCUAUUUGUAUCAGGACCACAUGGCUCACGUAGGAAGGGGAGCGAGGCUUGGCAUAAAUGAAUGUCAAUGGCAGUUUCGUCAUAGACGCUGGAAUUGUUCCACGGUUGAAGAUUCGAGUGUUUUCGGUCCAGUGCUCAAUAUACCCAGCAGAGAAGCUGCCUUUACUCACGCCGUUGCUACUGCAGGUGUGGUUCAUGCUAUCGCUCGAGCAUGUAGAGAUGGCCAAUUAUCCAAUUGUGGUUGCAGUCGAGCUCAAAGGCCCAAGAAUUUGCAUCGAGACUGGAUUUGGGGAGGUUGCGGAGACAACAUUGAGUAUGGAUAUCGCUUUACAGAGGGAUUCGUAGACGUUAGAGAGCGAGAGAACAAUCAUCCACGAGGUUCUAAAGAACAGGGAAGAAAACUUAUGAAUUUACAUAAUAAUGAAGCAGGAAGAAGAGCUGUAAUAAGAAAAAUGCGAGUAACGUGUAAAUGCCACGGAGUUUCUGGAUCCUGUUCUUUAAUUACCUGUUGGCAGCAAUUGGCGUCUUUCAGAGAAGUGGGCGACCACUUGAAGGAUAAGUACGAUGGUGCUACAGAAGUGAAAAUCAAUCGAAGAGGGAAACUUCAGAUUCGAAAUCCUCGUUUCAAUCUCCCCACGGCAGAAGAUUUAGUGUACAUGGACGAAUCACCGGAUUAUUGUAUUACUAACUUGACUACCGGUUCACACGGCACUCACGGUCGACUGUGCAAUCGUACCUCACCGGCUACUGAUGGAUGUAACUUAAUGUGUUGCGGACGCGGAUAUAAUACUCAUAAAGUUAGCCUGAAAGAAAGAUGCAAGUGCAAAUUCCAUUGGUGCUGUUAUGUGGAGUGCAAAACAUGUGUUUAUUCACUCGAUACUCACACGUGUAAAUAAAUUGAAGGAAGGAUGGUUUAUAACCUACUUUCCUUUCCCGCAAAUGAACUUAGGAGACUCUGAUUGGUCGAAAACGAUAAACGACCUCACCGUAUUGAGCCUUCUUCCAGUUCCAAAGUCGGCAGAUAUCUGGGUUACUGCGUCAAAAGUGCCAAAUGUAGAUCUGUGGACCGAUCGACGAUGUGCAUGCAUGCAGUUGGAUGGAGAAGGAACAGUAUUUAAAUUAGCUUGUAAUUUUUGUACACAGCCGGGCAUUGUUCCCUUCUUUUUCUGUACAUGGUGAUAUAUAUUAGAUUUUAAAAAAUAGAGGUCUGAUUUUUUUUUCUCAACUCCUAUAGGGAGAUUUUUGUUAGGUGAUAGAAACACUAUUAGGAUGGGGACAACUGUAAAUGGCUUCAAUCGCAACGAAUCCCAGAUUUAAUAAUAAAUUUUUCACAAUUUUGAAGUUUAUUUUAAUGUAUCUAUACACUUUUAUCCUUCAAUUUGGCGAGAAAAAUCGAGGAUUUGGAUCUGCAAUAGUCUUCGAAUGAAACAAACGACAUAUACAUAUGAAGUUGUCGCCUCUCGUAAUUCGAUACGAGCUUUCACUUGACGCUAAACAAUGAUCACGUUUAAACGUAUGAUCAUACUCAAUACUCGAAGAAAGAAAAAUCAUCAUUAAACAGUUGCUCAGUACAAUCGAAUGCUUGAGAACUCUGGUCUUCUAUCGAGAGUAAAAUCUUUGCUUCCAGAGGGAAAACA